UAGCAUGAGGAAAACUCACAUGGUUGCUAACUGUGAAAAGAGAGGACGCCUACAUUUUGGGUGAAGUGUCAGACAUACAUAUGAGAUACUUUGAAAUCUUAAAAUAAAUCUGCUAAAAUGUCUACAGCUAAAGUCAAAAUGCGGGAGAAGAAGAUGAGGAAUCAGCCUGCCAGCGUGCAGUAUCCAUCUUCCCCACAUAAUGUGGAGAGACACUCAGAGAAUGGAGGAGACACUCCUGCCGCAGGUGGCCCAUCUCAUGUGCAUCCUUCCUCAGAGAAGAACAAGAAACCCCCCCACAAGGGUGGAUGGGUCCGUGGACAUCAUAAAGAUGGUGGUGGAUAUGCCAAGGAGAUGCCCAGUUUUAUCACUGCUGGAGCUUUUGCCAGGGCCAGGGCUGCAGAGGUGAAUGCCAUGUUGAAAGCAGUCACCAAAACAACAAGCAGCAGUCACGUGUUUCAGGCUCUGCCCAAACACAUGAGAAGACGAGCCAUGAGCCAUAACACAAAGCGGCUCCCUCGCAGACUGAGAGACGUAGCCAACAGAAUGCGAGAGAAGAGCCUUAAGGCCGGCUCAAAGAAGAAAAAGGAAACAACAAAGAGCAAGAGCCGCAAAGCUCGCCGGCGUCAUGGAAACCUGCUGCUGGAGUUCAACCGCCGCCAGCGGAAGAACAUUUGGCUGGAGACGCACAUUUGGCACGCCAAACGUUUCCACAUGGUUAAAAAGUGGGGAUACUGUCUCGGGGACAGGCCCACAUUCAAAUGCUACCGGCCGUGCUACAGAGCAAUGAGCAGCCACUGCCUCCUGCAGGACCAUUCCUAUUACUGCUGUAUAGAACUACAGGGCGAGGAAGACAAGCUGUUGGCUGCUCUGUCACAGUUAGCCAGCAAGGAGGCAGGGCCUACGUUUGCUGCAGCUUCAUGUCUAUCAGGGUGCAGACAGGGCAUGAUUACAGUGUACAAAGCAGGACAGUACCCCUCACAGCCCCUGGGCCCUGUCACCUUCCUUUGGAGACCCCGAAUGCAGGGUUCAACUCACAGGCAGCUGUGGAUCUGGGCUCAUCCCACUCUUAAGCAGGAUCUUCUCCCUGAAUUACAAAGUGUGUGCCAGUGUGACGAGGCUGUUGUACCUCCAGUUUUACCAGUAGUCACAUCUGCAGAGGUAAAUCCUGCCUUAGACUCAGAGCCAAAGCCUGAAAAUGCUUCUAAAGCCAAGCUGGUAAUUGGAACCAAGAGAAAGCGAAGCCGUAAGGAUGUCAGCGAACCUCCUGCAAAGAAGAUUCUGGGAGAUGGAACCAGAUUUCCUGGCACCCCAGUUACGUGGAAGUCCAGCUCCACUGGGAUGGUUAUAAAUGAUCUAACAAUGGAGAUCAUACGCUACCGCCUGAUUGGACCGCAGUCCCAUUCUGUGCUGGCGGAAACUUUGGAAGCAGCUACAGACUGUGAUGAUGUGAGCCAGUCUUCCUUCUGGUGGCCCCAGCACUGCAAAGAUGAGAGCAAGAUGACUCUGCAUCAACAACAAGCGGAUGUCUUUCACAUACUUAAAAGUAUUUAUUCAACCGGAGAGCUCCCCCCAGGCACAGUACUGGGGCUCACUGUGGAUGACCCCAGACUGACUUUACCAUCAAAGAAGGUUAAAGCUUUACCAUGCGUAAACCAGGCCCAAGGCUGUGUAUCUGUUUGUUUAGAGGAUGAGAAGUGGAGGCAGCUGAUGUUACGAGGAGUACCAGAGCACUGCUGUCAGAGUUUCUUGUGGGAUCAGUCUGUCCGUGACAACGUCACUAAUAACAAGAUAUCAGAGCAGGAGUUGAACCGUAUGAGGAGCGAGGUGCUGGUGCCAGGCUCCAGGCUGAGUCCCACCCCGCCACAAGGCCGCAUCCCCAUUCUACUGGUUCAUCACCCUGGCAAGCAGGUGGGGACUGAGAUGAGCACCUGGGGAGCGGGUUGGGACCUGCUCCUUCCUAAAGGCUGGGGCAUGGCCUUCUGGGUGCCACUGGUUUACAGGGGAGUUCGAGUGGCUGGGCUUCACAUGAGCCUGAAACACUCCCAAAAUAAAGCAGCUCCACACUUUCCCCAUGAUUAUCCCGACUGCCCUGCUGGGAUUCGUUUUCAGGAAGAGCAAGAGACUGAGCUCCUGGACAAAUUCAAAAGGCGUCCCCCUGCCAAAAGGACCAAUUACAUUAAACAUGGCUGUCUGGCUCCUUUCCGUUGCCCUUGGCAACAGCUGGCAGAGGAAUGGGAGGUCCUCACAAGAGAGGGAGGAGAGACAGGGAAAGGAGAUGGACAGACCCAAAGCACACCAGAGAUGGAUGCCAUGAUGCAGGAGAGGUCACAAGACAUCGCUGUGACGAAGCCUCCGAGCUACUUCACCGUUCUAAGAAAUAGAAAGCCUUUGAGGCUUCUGUCUGCCUGGUGCAGACCUACAACAUCAAAAGGUCAGAGGGUGCGCUGUGUCGGGGAGGUGCCGCCUGUCAGCCGCUCAGCUGUCAUGUCUCUUCUCGCAGCACAUGGAAUGAGUCUGGUGUGGGUGCGUGCGUCGCUGCUGUCCAAGGGCAAACCAGAACUCCAUGCCAUGCUGUGUGUGCCAACUGCAGAGGAUCUAAAGCUACUGGGAAAACAUCAAGGAAGUAGUGGCCCCCAAGAGCCUCCACAUAGAGACCACUUUAAAAGCAAAAUUAAACGUCAGAAGAAGGGCUCCAAGAAGCUUCCCUCUUCUGAUAACACUGAAGGUAAAGGAUCAGAAUUUCCUGAUGACUCAGACCCAGUUACAUCCAAAGAACCCAAAUCACCCACCCAGUCUUCAUCAGACCUCGUCUUAGGCCUGUGGCCGGAUCCUCUGCCAAGCGUGACUUCACACUGCUCUAGGGUAACUCUGGGGUGGGUCACUCAGGGUGACUUCUCCCUGUCUGCAGGCUGUGGGGAGGCUCUGGGGUUUGUCAGUGUUGCAGGUCUCCUUAAUACCCUCCUAAACCAGCCAAUAGAACAUAGAGGAAAGCUGCUACUGCGCAACCCCACCUCCCUGCAUUACCGCUUUGCUAAGAUCAAUAUCGAGGUGUGA